AUUUUCUACAGGCUUGGUCACUGAGACAGAAGCUGCCCUCCUCGGUGCCAGCCUCGGUACAGACUCUUCACACAGACUUCCGUGUUUAAAGAGGACUGUGCUCUUUAAGAGGGCUUUUCCACUAGACUGAAGUAUGGCCAUGAGAACUCGUUUGACAUGGCAGCAAGAAAAGUGCCUGCAGAAUUAUUUUGGAGGAAAACGUUUUUGUCUUCUUUACAAGGCGAGUGUGCAGAAGUUUUCUCAUCAGAAUUUGCUCUGCACAUGUGAGAAUCAAGGUCCUACCAUGAUAGUGGUUUACAGUGAAAAGUGUGUUAUUGGCAUGUACCUGAAAGAGGGCUUCCAGGGAAAAGAUGUUUCUAUCACCAUUUUUGCACUCCAAGAGACUGGAUUUUCACUAUGUGCAAAAGGACCAGAUUCACCAUAUUUAUUGUUCCAUAAAAGAAAAACUAAUGAUUUCUCUAUACUAUUAGAUGAGAAAGCUGUGAUUGUAAGUUCAGCAAUCUGUAAAAUGCUCCAACUGACUGCUCGCAAUAAUGUCAUACCUAUUCAGGAGUGUGAAGCUUUUCGAUGUGAAGAGUUGUUGGAUGAAAGAAAGACAAGAGGCAUUGCUGUGUUACAUAGUAAUUUACUGCAGGCCCUGAGAGACUACAAGCCCUAUGGAGACCUGGUUCAGCAAACACGAGUUCUGCUGCUGGGUCCUAUUGGAGCUGGGAAGUCUAGCUUUGUGAACUCAGUCAAGUCUGUGUUCAAGGGCAGCAUCACACACCAGAUCUUGGUGGGCUGUGAUGAAGAUGGAAUCUCUGACAAGUACAGGACAUAUUCCAUCAAGGCCAAGGAUGACAGUGACCCCCUGCCAUUUAUUCUGUGUGACUCACUGGGGCUGGGUGAGAAUGCCGGCUUGCACACAGAUGAUGUAUGGCACAUCUUAAAGGGCCACACUCCUGACAGAUACCAGUUCGAUUCCAUGAAACCAAUCACAUCAAACCAUCCGAACUAUACCCAUGACCCACUGCUGAAGGACAGAAUUCACUGUGUGGUUUUUGUGUUUGAUAUCAAUUCUUUUGAAAUGCACUCUUCUGAGCUGGUGGCAAAGAUCAAGAAAAUUCGAAGAGACUUGAUAAAACAUGGCAUUCUGCAUUUGGCUUUACUUACACACGUGGAUAGCCUGGAUCUGAUUACAAAAGAAGACAUGACAGACAUAUACAACUAUAGUCCUGUGAAGUCCAAGCUGGAGGCAUUCCAUGGAGUCUUUGGUUUUGCCUUAUCUGACAUCUUGGUGGUGAGUAAUUAUGUCUCAGAGUGGCAGCUGGACCCCGUGAAGGACAUGCUGAUCCUCUCGGCACUGAAGGAGAUCCUGUAUACUGCAAAUGAAUUCUUGGAGGAUUUGCCUUUGAACAAAUAAGUAGAGUGAUUAUCUCGGAGCUUGACGGUAUCAUCAACUUGGCCAAUUCUUGUCUGGGUCUGUUGAUUACCUGCUAGGUCUGUUUCUUUAGCCUGUUGGCAUGUGAGUAGCCCUGACCUUUAACCCACUGGUUGAAUGUAUUUUCCUCUGUUUAUUUCCUUCCUGAUAUCUUCCUCAAAUCAGUCUUGGAAGAUCCGUAUAACUUCACUCUUGUUUUAAAAAAGAAAAUUAUGAAAUGAUUUAUAUCCUUUGUCCAUUUCUUUUAAACUGGAAUGCUUUGCUUGAGACCUAGAACUGUGUUGGAUCAAUACUGACUCUCAUUAGAUAUGAUCUUAUAGGAUCCAUACCCUCCCUAGGACCAAAUAUAUCUGAUGUGAUACAUACAUACACAAAAUAUAUUAUGUAUGUAAUAUAUUAUGCAUAUAAUAUACAGUUCAAAAUUCAUAUAUAUAGUUUAUAUGAUUGUCUAAAUAUCUAGGAACCAAAAAUGAGGAAAAAUAUUGUUUUUUCAGAUCAGCCUAACUUGCUUAAUAGAUUAUUUUUAGUUGCAUACACUUACUUGGGCAAAACCUAACUUUUUACUUUGUAGCUGGAAGAAGUUCCAUCAUGUGUAGACAGUGCGUUUUCUGGAUUCAUUCCUCCAUCAUCAUAUACCUAGUUAGCAUCCAUCCUUAGCUAUUGUACAUAGUGACACACACACACACACACACACACACACACACACACACACUCACACACAAAUGUAAAAGUAUUUUGUGAUACUUUUAGCUUCACUUUUGUCUCCCUCACCCCCGACCUCAUUUAUUUCUGCUUCAUUUAGUGUAGUUCCUCCUAGGUAGAUAUUUAUCACCUCUGAUUAUAGACUCACUAUGUUUUUAAGUAUGUUCUAUUAUCAACCUGUGCAUAUGCUGCAUUGUCACCAUUAGAGAGUAAAUAUUUUGAUUUACUUCAUUCAAAUCUUAUUCCAUCCCUUUAGAGUGCUAUAUUAUGUUCAUUUACUGCUAAUUCUGAAAGGACUGGGAAUGGACUUCUCAUCUGACUAACUUGCAGUCUGACUCCAUAUCCUGAGUUUUGCCAGUUCUCUUUCUUAUGGCGUGCAGGGUUCUAGACAAGAUGAGCUUAGUUCUGCUUGCUUCUCACUAAAAACCCACUGAGAACGUUUUAUCUUUUCUUAGAUAUCAGAAGAAAAAUGUUACAAUGUUGCAAAAAAAGAAAGGAAGAAAAGGAGAGACUUUAUCAUAUGUUAACAAUGAAUUCAUUAAGAGAGUAGUGAGAGAACAGGGAAUGAAGAAGGCACAGAGACUGUGCCAGGGGAAAAGCACACAAACAAGAUUACAGUGCUCUUGAUAAAAAGAUGAACAAGAUAAAAGUAAUCAGCUACAAGGACCAAUCGCAAUUCUGUUGGAUUUAUAUUCUGUAUCUAUGAAAAAUAAAAUAGUUAACUGUUUAAAACCCAAA